UAAGCUUGCUAUAUUCCCGGCUAGCUGUGUCAUUUCGUUAAAAAACAGUGGUAUUCAAUUAUUUGCAAGCUUUGUUACAAGAUGGAUUUCAAAGGGAGCAAAGGCAAAAAGAAGGCAUGUGAUAUGCGGUUCCAAAAUCCAACUAACCCAAUAACUGGGGAGAUGACCCACGUAAGUGAUCAUAUGGACCCUGGCCAUCGUGGAAGUCAAAGUUACGUUGCGGGAAUGAGGGAUUACGGGCACAGACAUACCAGUGCGCAUCACCGGUCUUACCAUGAGGAGGAGGUGGAGGACAUGGAGCAUGACGGUUAUGCUGUACACCACGCUGGAAGCAGACUUGAUUUCAUGCAGGCACAGAGACAGCAGUUCCGCUCUCUUCAAGCUAGUAAACAAAUGCUGUACGAUGUCUAUGAACAAAACAUUGGUUUGAUCGAGGAGCUAGAGGCCCGAGACAACACAGAAAUGUCACAAAAAAAUGGAGGGUUUAUACCAUAUAUACGCUCAAAGAUUAACCUCCCUACCCAGAAACACAAAGCCAGAACCGACAUAACAGCUAUCAUAGAAGCAGAAAUAGUCUGUCUGCAAACACAGCUGAUGGUAGCUCCGAAAGAGGUCGUCGUCUCGGCCACACAGGAGCUGAUAGAGAAAACCCUCCUGUGGCUUGGUCACCGUCAGGACAUGGCGGCACCACCAGCGCGUUGCGAUGGUUACGCUAUCAACGUACUUGAGCUGUUGUUGCAUGGCAACGCGGAUAUACAACCGAGAGAGAAAGGACCAAAUGCCGGAAGGCUUGAUGAAGACAUUGUUAAUGGCGUUAUGGGAGGCUUUCAGGGAGCCAAGCACAAGCAAAAGUUACAGGACGAGGAGUUCCGGCGGGAUGAGAAGAAACAGCCUAAGCUUAGUGACAUAAGGGGUGGGAAAUCUAUGUUGUCCGGCGUUCGUCGGGUUAUAGAUAUAAAGCCCCACUUGAAGCCGUACCUGUCACAUUUCGUGAACACAGAAGACCUGAGAUAAAAUGUGAAACUAAAUAUUACUGAUUAGCUAUACAUUCAAAUGUAUUACGGCACCAUAGUACAAACUCAACGGUGAACAGACUGAUUUGCUAAUGUAAUGUUGACAGCACUAGAUGUGUCUGUAUAUAUAAAAGGACUAAGAAGAUAAACUUUUUCAAUAUAAUAGUAAAAUUUCUCGCACUGAUGUUGCUGCUGUGUCUUUCUUAAUUUUUGUUUCAUUUUUAUUUAUUCAUUUUAUUCAUUUAUUUAUUUAUUUAUUUUUUUUGUAAAUGCAAAUAUAUGACUUACUCAAAA